AUGAACGCACCAGAGAGUAGCAAUCCCUUCAAGCCGACACAGGCUCUGGCACCAACGCCACAGAUGUACAAGGAGAUGACGGCUGAUGCCAUGGAUAACAUGGCCAAAGCAUCGCUCUCCUUAAUUCCCAAGAUCUCUAGUGGCGCCGUGGUCCAUGACAACGGCUGCGGCGUUGGCGCUGGCACCGGUGCGAUGCUGGCGGUCUCAGAGCCUUCAGCGACCAUCUCUGUAAAAGCCACCGAUGUUGAUGAUCGCGCCCUCGCCAUGUACGAGAACAAAGCGGCAGAAAACGGUUGGCCAGCGGAAGCGAGCCGCAUGGAUGCGAACGCCCUCACGUUCCCCGACAAAACCUUUACUCACUCUCUUAUGAAUGCAGUUGUAUUCGUGCUGCCUAAUGACGGCAUCGAUGCGGUGAAGGAGAUCUAUCGUACCCUGAAGCCAGGAGGAAUCGCCAUUAUCAACUCGAUUGCACGUGCGCCAAACAUCGUCCCCAUUCAGCAAACCGCGAUCAAGACGAGACCCGAGGGAACGCCUCUACCGCGUCAAGGUACCGAAAAGUGGAACGCGCCUGAUUUUCUGCAGAGUGUCAUCGAGAAGGGUGGCUUUCAUAGAGAACGGAUCAGAAUGGAGCAGGUCUCGUACACCAGCUUCACCAAGACCGACUUCACAAGGUUCGCAACCAUGCUGUGGAGUUUUGUCGGAGGAACUUCAAGUGCUGGUUGGCUCCAGUCCGACGAAGACAGGUGGGAUGAAGCGAUCGAAGUCCUCAAGCAAGAGCUACUCAAGGCGAAGGGGUUCAAGCUACGUGAUGAUGGAGAGGAAUUCGAGUUCCUACUGAAUGUAGCCAUUGCAACCAAAUGA